CAAAACGCGGCGACUUAAUUAUCUACCACUUGCUCAUUAGAAUGACUGUAUGUGGAUUCUCUGGUCAUACAAAAAUGGACGAAUAUGAUCGAGGACGGCUGUUCUUAGUCUACAGCAAGGGACUGAGACCCGAGAACCUGCGACUCGGUAGUCUUUGUCUUGACCCCGCAAGCCCUGUGGGUGAUUCACGAAAAACAUGCCGAUGUGCAAUCAAGGACGCGGAACUGUCGCCAUGGAUAAGCAGCUCUGGUGAUGAGAUCAACUGCACCUUGAAUCUGAGUGCUUCACGUGAAUGGCUUGCGGGCGCGAACAGCCUCGAUAUUAUUACUCAGGGGACUGGUGAGGAUAGCAAUAUUGAGGUCCGACUCGAGGGACAGCAGAGUCGACGAGUAACGAUUCAAAGACCAGAGUUGUUCCUCGAACAAGUAAUCCUACCGUCAGCAGAGGCAAAGCGAUGGCUCGCUACGCAAUUGACGGUCUCGCGCACUAUGCACUACCUCAGCCGCGCCAUACUUGGCACUGCUCGUCAACCCCAGAUAUGGUUGUUGACGGGGCUUCAGUACAUCAGACAGGCUCGUAUAGAGGCUGGUUGGUUGCAUUCGCCUCAUGUGACCAGGAGCUGCACAUGGGCAUCGAGACAGGAAGAUCGACAGGUGACGACCUCGAGGACAAGAUCUGGGCCGCCCAGUUCAUGGAAUUGAAAGUGAAAUAUCGUCCUCGCGAGUCGACUACUGCCAAAGUCCCGGAAGAGAUUCAACUGCAUCGGUUCAGUCCGCUGGGUGGAAUGGGGUUUCAAGGCCAUGAACAUGUCCCGAGCCAGGAGAUUGCAACAAUCGAAGGUCUGUCGGUGCAAUAUGGAUAUGAUGGGCAGAAUGGAGAUGGAGCAUUUUUUGGAAUGGAAUGCGAGGAUUGUAUACUUUAUGAAGAACUAUUAGAACAGGUGGAGAGUCGGAA